AGGUCUACGCCUCUCAGCGCAUGCGUGCUGGUAAGGGUAAAAUGAGAAAUCGUAGACGAAUCCAGCGUAAAGGGCCAUGCAUCAUCUACAACCAAGACACUGGUUUAACCAAAGCCUUCAGAAAUAUUCCAGGCAUCACUCUGCAGAACGUGAACAAACUGAACCUCCUGAGGCUUGCUCCUGGUGGUCACGUUGGACGAUUCUGCAUCUGGACCGAAAGCGCUUUCCGUAAGCUGGACGACCUGUACGGCACCUGGCGCAAACCUUCCACCCUGAAGGUCGACUACAACCUUCCCAUGCACAAGAUGACAAACACAGACCUGAGCAGGAUUCUGAAGAGUGAGGAGGUCCAGAGAGCUCUACGUGCACCCAUCAAAAAGAUCAACCGCAGAGUCCUGAAGAAGAAUCCUCUGAAGAAUCUGAAGAUAAUGCUCAAACUGAACCCUUAUGCCAAGACGGCAAGGCGUCACGCUAUCCUGCGGCACGACCCUACUAUCAAGGCUAAGAUGCUAAAGCCCAAGAAGAGGCAUGGAAAGAAAGGAGCACCUGCUAAACCCAAGGCUUAAAUCUAAAGAGACUGCAGUUCAGUAAAUAAAUCAGUUGUUUGAAAA